AUGUUGCAACUCGUUCGUGCAGCUGCCCCUUGCACAACUCCUUUUGCUACCUCAGACACUAUCUUUGAGUUGGGGUUUGAGAAAACGAUGAAGAAGCAGAACAAAGAGCAGGUCCCUCCUGCUUCUGCCCCUGAGCAGCAGCACAGGAGGCAUAACACGGGGAAGAGCGCAAAGAAGUCGUCGGCGAGCGAUGCCGGGCUCAAGCAAGGCAAAUUCCGAACGCUGGAGGAAGCGCUGAAAGCGCUUGAUCUGGCAGAUCUUCAGAAGGAGCUGGAUAAAAGCCAGAACAUGUUUCCCGAGAACCCAUCUGUCUGGGUUAAAGACCUGGCUGGCUAUCUCAACUAUAAACUGCAGGCCCCUAAGAGCGAUCCCAUGCUCAGUCAGCACGCUCAUGAUUAUCCUUACUGUCUUGUGAACAAAGAGCUGAAGAAUAUCAUCAAAUCCCUGCUGGGAAGAUCUUCCAGCGUGCUGGAGCUCUUCUUCGAUCACUGUAUUUAUACAAUGCUACAGGAGUUGGACAAAACUCCAGGGGAGUCUUUGCACGGUUACAGGAUCUGCAUUCAGGCAGUGCUGCUGGACCGGCCUAAAAUUGCAACGAUGAACUUGGGCAAGUACUUGGAGGUGUUACGGUCCCACCAGAACAGGCCAACGAAAUGCCUUACCAUCCUGUGGGCUCUGGGACAAGCUGGAUUCACGGACCUCACUGAAGGCUUGAAAGUGUGGCUCGGUGUUAUGCUCCCAGUGCUUGGGAUCAAGUCUCUCUCCCCAUAUGCUGUUGCCUACCUGGACCGACUGCUGAUGAUGCACCCAAAUCUGACCAAAGGCUUUGGUAUGAUUGGGCCGAAGGACUUCUUCCCCCUCUUGGACUUUGCCUUCAUGCCCAACAACUCACUGUCACCCAGCCUGCAGGAGCAGUUACGGCAGCUGUAUCCUCGACUGAAAGUACUGGCGUUUGGCGCUAAACCAGAGACGACGCUGCACACCUACUUCCCUUCCUUCCUUUCCCGAGCUACACCAAGCUGUCCUCCUGACAUGAAAAAAGAGCUUCUGAACUCCAUGAGCCAGUGCCUGAGCGUAGACCCUUUGAGCUUCAGCGUCUGGAGGCAGCUAUACACAAAGCACCUCUCUCAGUCGAGUCUGCUUCUGAACCAUCUGCUGGAGUCUUGGGACAGCGGCAGCAAGAAGGUGCGACAGUCUCUGCAGGAAACGGUUCGUUCAUUCAAAGUAACUAAUGAAGAACUUGCCGCAAGAGGGCCGAACAGCGACCAGGAUGUAGCAGCCUGUGAUGCUGCUUGCAAGAACUUGCUGCACAAGAUGAAGGGCCGUGGCUUCCCCUGGUCUCGGCUGCUGCUUGUGAUCCUGGUCUUUGCAGCUGGCUUCCUGAUGCAUGAUAUCCGGAUGCAAGGGUCUUUCCAGGCCUCCUCUUCUGCUCGCAUACUUCGUUCUUCUGGCAUUCUGUCUGUCUCGCAGCAAGCCUGGCAUAAAGUCUCCCACUACUCCCUUGAAGGAUACAGGUGGUUGGAGAGGAAUGUACCUGUUUAUUACUCCCAAGCGGUAACCAUAUUGGAACCAAAUCUGAAGUUGCUUUGGGCAAAGACCAGCGAGACGGCUCUAUAUAUUUCUGAGAAAUGUUCCUCUCAGCUAUCUUGGAUCAAAGACAACCUGCCCUGGUUCAUUGAAUGGCUGCAGUCCCGGGUCCCAGAUUCCAUGCUGCACUUCAUGGAGUGUGUCAAAGAGCUGUUGCUCUUCCUCGUAAGGAGCUGCCUGCUGCCGUUGCUGGAAUACGUAGCCACAGCGCUUGAGCGAGGAUGGAAGCACUGUGUGGACGCCUGCAAUGGAGAAGUGUCGUGGGACUGCAUGAGAGAACAUCUGACAAGCUUUACCUAUUCCUCUUGGAUUUAUCUGCAAAACACAACCAUAGCCGUCAAAAACUGGGCCUUGGCUAUGAUUUCUGGACACUAAUCUGCUCUCUGGAGAAGUGGGGUCAUGGUCAAGCCAUUUCCUGAUGUUCCAGUCAUGGAGGAGUGUCUCAGCUGUGCAUUUCCAGUGCAACUUGCACUGGCUCUGGGGUAGAGAGGUGGCAAAGGAGAUGCACGCAGGGAUUUCAUGCUGGAUUCAGGGCUUGCAGGGGAGGCUUCUACCUGGAAAGUAACGUGCCCAGGUUUUACGCACCCUGUGAAUUAGCUUUGGCUUUUCCUGCCCCACUUUCCUGUCUCUAGGUCUUAAUUGGGUAAGUGAUCUGCUUACUGUUCUGUGCUUUGCUGUCUGCAAGUAAGUCUGCCCUGAAACAUCAAUCAAUCAAUCAGGUGUUGAUACCCAGACCUCUCUCAUCAGCCUGCCUGAGGCUUGUAUGAACUCUGCUGUUUCUCCACCCACAUUGCUCAGGCAGCUGCUGGGGAGCUAGUGUCCUGGGUAAAUGAACUAGACUGAUUUUUUUUUCCUUUUAAUCAGUGCAUGUACUUUUUGUUCCUUUCUGAAGACAUGUAUCGUGUGGAGACUGUCAGAAGCACCUUGACUUGACCAGUCCCUGCAGCCCUCUGUGGCUGGAUGUUCCCAGGCCCCUUGCUGGGUGUCUCUGGGACCUCCCGUUAGGAACAGGCUGCAAUAGACAAAGCACUUGUGGCCCUGGCAUGUUCCAGUUACAGUGACUUCAGUCCCUGAGAAGCAGUGUUUACACAGUGUCAGAGUUGUUUACAGCAGAGCUCUACCCCAGGUCUGUCCACUCCCUACCAGCUCAGAGGCUGCAGUUGCAGCUCUCAAAAUGCUGUGAAACUGGGCAGGAGCAGCUGGCUGCACACAUGCGCUUGGGCUGCAGAGCACAGCAGCAGCUCUCCAGCUGAGCUAGAGCGCCUGCCUGGGCGGUCAGGCAAGGGCUGCGCGCUUCCCCUGUGCUCUCCGGGCUGUGCUGCUUGUAAAAGGGCUUGUCCAGCUCAGAAGUGGCCCCGGGGCAAAUGCUGCUAGCCAAAGAGAUUCAAUGCACAGGAGCAGAAGCAAGGUCUGUUCCCCGUGGGAGGCCCUGCUGGAGGCUGAGCUGCCCAGCCCCUCUCCACCCCGGGGCUGGGUGGUUUGCACCGAUGGGUUCCCUGUGGGAGCAGGAUGUGUGCUGAGCCCUGAGGCUGCUGGGGGGGCAGCGCACCCAGGUUGGGGGGCAAUGUCGUCUUUCCCUCUCCCUUGCCUGCAGGGAGAGCUUGUCCUGCUUUGAGCAUGGGCUGGCCCUUUCCUUGCACUGCCUU